AUGCGUCACGUGAUGUGCGCUGCUUGUCUCUGUAUCGUUGGAAGUGAUGAGGAACUCUUAUCUGAAAAUAAAACGAAUCAAAAUUAACGCAAACAUUAUAAGAAAUCGAACAAAAAAAUUGUAUAGCUUAAUUUAAUUCUUGUAGACUUAUAUUGUACCUUAUCAGAGGUGAAAUCCUGGCCUUUAAAUCUCGCCUACUAAGGAUAGCGUAGAUUACGUCAAAGUUGCUUUCAUUCUUCUGAGGAAAGUUACAUUAUAUACGUUUAGGUCACGUCGUUUUGCUUAAGACAUACUUAACAGCUUUGUGGGCUUUAUUUUUAUUUGCGGCGUUCAGGUUAAUUUGGUUGGCUAACAGGAUUUACAAGUGUGCGUUGAACUGUAACUGAUAUUACUGGUAUAUCUGUAAUUCAAUUUAAUGGCUUUGCAGUUACAUGGCUUUAACACACUGCUCAUCAAACACACAUUUUUAAAUAAACAGUUGUUGACAUAAUGAUCAACUGUCUUUUUUAUGUUUCUAGUGUUGAAAUAGGUCUGUCUACAUUAUCAUAUGUGAUUUGGCGUCAUGGCAACAUCCAGUGGAGACAGCAGCAUUCUUGAGGAGGAGCUAACAUGUCCAGUGUGUCUGGACAUUUAUCGCGACCCCCACCUGCUGCCCUGUGGCCAUAAUUUCUGCCUGCCAUGCCUGCGCAGGCUCAAGACUCGCUCUGUCCACGGCCAAUUGCGAUGCCCUGAGUGCAGACAGAGUCACCGAAGCUCCAUAACCUGGCAGAAGAACUUCAAACUGGCAAACAUUGCUGACAGUUUCCGCCGCCAGGGGCAGUCGGACCUUUUCAGUCACAGCCAGAAAGGCCUGUCUUGUACCCUCACAGAGGUGCGAUGUGACUACUGCCCAGUGAACGAAGUAGAGAAUGAUCCCAAGGCAGUUAAAACCUGUUUAAAAUGCGAAGUGUCUAUGUGCCCGAAGCACGUUCAGCCUCACCUGGAACUCCCAGCAUUCCGUGAGCAUCCUCUGGUGGAGCCACUGAAUGAUAUGAGAAAGAGAAAGUGUAUGGAACAUGAUGAAAUGUUCAGGUACUACUGUGUGGAUGAGCGGCUGCUCUUGUGUAAUGCCUGCACCAUUGAGGGAACACACAAUGGACAUUCAGUCAAAACUCUGAAGAACGCCAUGAAAGAUCUCAAGCUGCAUCUCGAUAUUCAGCUGCAAAAGGUGAACAGAAAGAUUGUGAGGGCGGAAAAGAACAGACUGGAACAAAAAGAGAUUGAGCGUCAGAACAAGUCCUACCUGGACGAUACAGAUCAGCAGCUGGACUCAUUCCGAGAGACCUCGAUUGCACAUUUGGAUGCAUUUCUUGCUUCCGUGCGUGAAUGCAUUCACACUUACGAGGUUGAGCAGGGUGGUGGAGUCCAGCAGAACCUUGCCCGAAUCGCACAAGAUCAGACUCGUCUACAGGAGGUUCAGUCGGGCCUUGAAAAAAUUCUACAGAAGAGCGACCCAUUCCAGUUUAUUAGGGAUUACAAUUCAUCUGCAAAAAGGUACCGGAGACUGUUAAGAAAGCCACUGUUUUUUCCUGAUGAGCCCACAGUCGACACUGAGCCGCUGUAUGAAACCAUGGAAGGGAAGAUGGCGGAGUUCAUGGCUGAGUUACGCCAACACACCAGCACACUCAUCAGCAGUGUCUGUCAUUUUGAGGGAGAUGGUGAGGAGGAGCUGGACGAGGAUGAUGAAGAAAGCUUUGAGGAUGACGACAAUGACAGCACUAGUGAGGUAGAGGAUGAGUAUGAGGAGGAGAUGAGGAGUGAGGAAGAGGAGGAGCAGAACAACAGCACUGGACAAGAGUCUGCAGAGGAAAAUUACACUCCUGAGGAAGAUGAGGACGAGGAGGAAGAUGACUAAAAAAUAAUUUGAACUGCCAUCAGAUUCUUGAGUGGCAAAAACCUUCGUACCAGGGUGUGCUUCGAUAGUCGAUAUUUAUUCCUUUACUCUAUAAGAGUUUGGUUGAAUGUUUCUGUGCUUUGCUGUUAUUUAAGCAGAAAAUAAGAAUUAAUGCUUUGUGAAAUGUUUUUAUUACUUUUCACAUGAAGAAUGUAAUGUUGGCGGUAUCUUUCUGACAGUAUUAUUUAUUUAAAAAGAGACUCUGGAGAAACAUGUUUAAAAGCCCAGGGUACAAAUGUUAACAGGGAUGUCAGUUUGGAGUGGACCUAAGUUGCACCUUUUUUCAAUUCCUUUUGUCAAGAUGUCAAAUAUAUGAAAUUAAAUGAUAUAGUUAUUAUUAUAUACAAUUUUGGAAAUAAGAUCAUUAAAAGAUCAUUUAUAAAACAA